UGCCCCCUUUCAAUCAACAUCUAACAACCUUCUCUACUACAAAGAAACGACCUUAAACUUCUCAUAUCAAGAAACAAAAAUGGCGUUCAACACGAAGCUUCUUUUGGCCAUUUGCUGCGUCGCAUUGGUCUUCACUCUUGUCUUUGCAAACAUUUCUGAAGAAGAGAUCGAUGGCUUCGUCGAGGAGCACAACAAGGCUCGUAAAGAGGUCGGCAACAAACCCCUCAAGUGGAACACGACCUUGGCCCAGUAUGCCCAAGAAUAUGCGGAUAAAAGAGUUGGCGACUGCGCCAUGGAGCACUCGAUGGGGCGUUGGGGUGAGAACUUGGCCUCUGGUGAUGGCAUGAGCGGCGCAGCGGCCACCAAGUAUUGGGUCACUGAGAAGGAGUUCUAUGACGAAAAGUCCAACAAAUGCGUCAAAGACGAAUGUGGUCACUACCUUGCUGUGGUGUGGGGCAAAACCACCGAGGUUGGAUGUGGCAUUUCAAAGUGCAACAAUGGACAGAACUAUGUGGUUUGCAGCUACGAUCCCAUGUACCAGCCAGAGGACGAGCGCCCCUACUAGACAAUGUAUGUAUUCUUGCGUGCGCACACGCACUCCUACAUGAGGCCUGUUGAGAAGUCUUGUGUUUUUUUGCUUUUGCGAAAUUAGAAAAAUAAAAUGUAAUGGGUGUAUACAAAUACUUUCCCACACUCACAACAUUCCUUUAUGUGACUAGCACUUGACAUGAUAUUGUGAAAGGUAACAAGAGAAUGAAUAAUUUUAAAAAAUAAUAAGAAAAAGGAAAAGAAUAAUAUAAUUUCA